UGAUCCCGGACGAGGGACGUGGGAGUUCUCUGGGCAGCCAAACACGUCCAUCGAAAAGCUGAUUUAGUCACGCGCGACUUGGGGUCGACAAAGUCAAGAAUUCGCCAGCGAGCCCUUGUCAUUCGAUGAAAUGACGACAGCCGCUCGCACUUUGUCGACAAUUUUUUCGGGCGUUCAAAAACCGCCAGGCGGACACAAAGCCAUGCACAACUCCGUUGGUUCCGCGGGAACAACGGACGGCCGCCGUCAGGAGAUGGUUUGUGCGGUUAGCCAGACUCAACCCUUGCCUCGUGGCAUCAAACAAGUCUCUGGUCUCGCAGGCGAAUGGGUGUAUCUCGGCGCAUUCUCCGGGGCACGGACAAGCCCAAGAGCACAGUUCAUGGCGCGAUCCAGAGUUUUACGGCCUUGCUCCUGUCGGACCCUGUCCGAGGACCCAAUCGACGAAUCUGGGCAGGCAAUGCAUGAGAGAAACAGAGGGAAGGAUCAUCUCGUGUAUCGGCGGUGGAUAAUCUGCCGUCGUGCCUCGUCGCUCACUGGCCGAUCAUUUUCUAGAAGAGUGGAAAGAACCGACAGGGCGGUCUUGUGGAUCCCCGAGUUCAUGCCAAUUGUUCUAGCGUUGCGGGGGUUGAACCAAGGUCUCGUUGUCGGGACGGGGAGGAGGAUGGUAAUCCAGUCCACUCUGGGCGAAGCACGGAGGCGGAUGAAGAGCUUUCCCACAGUGUGCGGGCGGGCGGCACUGAUCAAACGCUUUUUUUCUCCUCAAAUCAGGGGAACAACAAAGGCUCCUGUACCCGACAAUCGCUCACAUAUCGGCCUCGAAUUCGGCCUGCGCCGACGAGGGCAACAACCCUGCAAGCCACCAGGCGGCACCCCGAACCCGGAGAUAAGUGAGGAGACCCAAGCGCCAAUCCAUCCACCAGUCAGGCCAUACCGCUCAUUCUUUUUCCUCCGGACCCUGUGGGAUGCCACGAAGCCGGUCCCAGUCAGCCGGGUCGAAUCCUUCACAUCGGACGAACGCCCGGCUGGGCCGGCGUAAGCGAGGGCGCCCAGAGCGCCGGCAGGCUCCGAGACGUCCGGGCGGGCAUCCGAUAGGCCGGGCCCUCCCCCGCUCUGGCGUCGAAGCUCCCCACAUGUUCCAAAAUUCUGGCGGUCAGCAGCACCAGUGUUGGGAAGUGAAUGUGUGCGAGGCGUGGCUCGGCAAUCGACAAAAGCACGCGGAAUGUGAUGGGUUUUACAGGUUCCCGAUUCGGCAGGUUUGUGCCAUGGUGCGAGCAGGGCCUGCCUGUCCGCAACGGCGUGAUGAUCGCUCGCAAGGGAAGUUUGUGUGUGAGGCUGCCCUGUGGGACUGGCGUGGUCGAUCAAAAGGGGACGUGCAAGGGCACCAAAAAGG